UCAAUUCUCACGCUCCCCGCCAUCGCGGCGACGUCUCCCUCACAACAAUCCUCACAGCUCAUCGCGUGAGGCCAAUUUCAGCCGUGCCAUUCCAGCAAUUGUCGGAGGGCGAUGCUAUGAAGCUUGCGAUGGAGGCGGAAUUGUCUUGACUUUGUUGUCCGACGGUAGAAUUAUUCGAUUUCGGAAGCAGCUAAAGGUGAUUGUGCGCAAGCGGCGUGUAUUUUUUGGAAAAUUUCUGCGUGUUGAGCUCAGGAUGCGUCUGUGACCAUGACUGAGUCUGGUGAUUGCCUGUCUCUUUGCAAUUCGCUGGGAAAUAUGGAUGUGGCUCUUGGAGAGAGCUUUUCUGAAGCUAUGCAUACGGACUCGAAGGUUAAUUCUAUGGACGCGAACCUCUCUGGACCUGAUGAGGUUUCUGCGGGUACAAGCCUCCAAGACGCUACAAGUAUGGCAGAAAACGAGACGAGUGUUGAUGAAUGUCGUCGAAGUGAAUCUCUGAUUUACUCACAGGAACCAACACCGACAGGGCUUCCGGGUUCUCAAGGACUAAACGAGUCAAGGAAUGAGCUUCUACAACGUGUGCAAGCUUUGAAGAAGGAUCUAGAGAACUGGCGGGCCAAGUUGGAUACCCAAGUCAAGUCGUAUAGGGAGGAACUUGGAGGUCUUCGAUGCGCAUUAAAUUUAGAGGUUGAUCAACUUCGAGUUGGAUUUCAGGAUCUAAGGAACAUAUUGAAACAUCAGCAGGAGCUUACAGCCACGAAAUUAGCGAACCUGGAUGAACCUAAAGAGCCAGUCAUUCAUUCCAAAUCCCCACUUCAGGAUGCUGCACUAGAUACUAAUUUGACUGCCUAAUGCUGACCUGUAGCUCCUCGUACAUAGGACCAGAGUGGGAGGGCACCCCAUGCAUGAGGCAAUGGUUUCAAUCGGAUUAGCAAACUUAAUGUUUGAGACCAGAAGCAUUCGCGUCUGUGUUCCUCUUCAGUAUGACUUACACUACAGGAUCUCGCGAGAAUUGCAAGGAAAUCUGUAUCCUAGACUGUUGCAUUGUUAAUGCAUUUCGGAUCAUUCAGGGUGAUAAAUUUCCGAAACUGUCCAAAAUCUCAACUCUUUUUCAGACCUGAAAGCCUCUUGGAGAUUAACUAGUGGAAGCUACAACCACUGGGUCACUGACGCCUAUAGUCUGUCACUGUGCCAAAUGGUUAUGGCCUCUCGUAACUUCGUUUACCUCUCCUAUAUGGCAUCACAGUUUUAUUAAGGGAUUUUUUUUCCUUACUCUGCUCUCCAUCCUACUUUUAAAGAUGUACUGCUCUUUUCAUGUAGAGAUAUGAAGGUUACAAAAGAUUUUCAUUUUA